AUGGAGGCACACCCACAUUUUCCGCAGUUCCUCCUUAAGCACGCAGAGGUCACGAAGAUGCAAAACUCCCUUUCGGCGUCAGGGACAGAAAUGUCAAUGGUAAAAUCCUUGUCACGUAAACGCCUUGUAACUGCAGGCUCAUUGUGCCUGAGAAAAAACUCGGAUGCAAGUGCCUUAGCAACGCCAGGCCUCGUCCUGGGGACCCCUGCCAAAAAACGCCGUGUACGCAUCAACACCUCUGUAGAUGUGGUGGACAUUGCUCCGCGUGACGUGAUGGUAGUGACUCGAGAGCGCUCAUUGCAUAUCAAUGGUGCUAUUGCGCUUCGUUCCGCCUUUACUGGAGUGCCAGGUGAUAAGUUCCUCUGUGUGGUCUCUGCUGCGGUAGAAGGACGCUUUGCAGUGGGUUCUUCCAUGGGCAACGUGUACUUUCUGGAUGAAGUUGGUAACUCACUCAUCCAGGCCCACAUGCAUGAGAGCGCCAUCUGGGAUGUAAGCUUUAAGGGGAGGUAUCAAUUUGCCACGGGCUGUGAGGACGGCAAUGCCGUUGAAUGGAUCUUUGAAACAGGUGGUGCUGAGGGGGUGGCACUCUCACCGAAUUUAUCAACGUCUCUGGGUAACGACGUGUAUUGCCUAACUUACUUGCAUGGUGAGCCGAAUUCACCGCUGCUCGUUGGCGGGCUCAGCCACAGCUUGAUCCUCUGCUCCGACAACCAUGAAGUGCGGCGUCUGGACAUCUCGUCCAAUGCACAAGUAAUGGACUGCAUUCCCGCAGGACCUACUGUGUUAGUAGGAGGCAGCGAUGGGUCCCUAACAGCAGUGGACGUCAACUCUGGAUCCGUACUGACGUCCUUUAAAGGACACUCACGUAAACUACCUGCACUGACAGUUCGAGAUGCCAACCAGUUCUUUACCGGCUCAUUUGACAGCACCAUUCUCUCCUGGGAUUACCGCGCCACUGAUUCCCCCACAGGAAAGCCCCUGAUGGGUGAAUUGCCUACGGCAAGCGUGGCACACGCGCUGAAACUGAAGAAUUACGUGACUGGGCUUCACUGUAAUGAUGUGCAUUUGGCAGCAAGCGUUGGUGAGAACUUGUACCUGUGGGAUGUGCGCAACCUAAAGGAGGUUUUGGGAGGCUAUCCACAGGCCUGGAAGGGCCUUUCGCGAGGUGUGAGGGUCAACAGUGCUUCUCGGUGUGUUGUAACCGCAUCACAGGACGGCUACGUCCGCUUCUGGAGCUUUGUGUAA